AUGUUGAACUGCGUUCAAAACACGAACCUAAAGCGGUUUACAAUGUCGGCUCCAAGCCCCACAGGAGGCAUGCCUGCCUCCAAUACUGCCCAUCAUUACUUCAAGAGAGCUUAUCAAGCUUGCAUUAACUGCCGCCGUCGAAAGGUAAAAUGUAUCAUGGAAUGCAAUGGUCAGGGGCUUUUGCAAGCAUCUUGCACAAGGUGUAAGAGAGAACUACGCCAUUGCACGUUUAGUGCAGAAAGAAAUUCUCAGACCAACCCUCAAGAUGGCGGGGAUAUGCAAAGGACUGUAAAUGUUAUCGAAGCUAUGCCUGCCCAUCCGGUUGAGGUGACAGGGCAAAGAUCAAGGCAAAGACCAAGGCAUAGGUCAGCUGAAGACUUCAUUCAUGCACAGGCUCGUGAAGAAAAUACUGUGUCGAAUAGAUCACGCAAACGCCGGCGUCAGAGUCCAAGAAGAAUCACGAGUAGAGCAGUAUUCAACGCGGCGGACGUCCAAUCGCCGGGCCAAGAGAGAGAAGACCAGCAACCCGCAACAGGAUGCUUUCCUCAGCAAAGCGGCCUCCCACCCAUUGGUGCUGCGGAUGAACACGACUUGAGGCCCGAAACACAUAUCCGGUCGAAUAACAGCAGUUCAAAAACACCGGAUCCGACAGAGAGAAUGGGUAUAGAUGUACAAUUGGCGGACCACGAUUUCAGUUCCGCCGAACAUGUCACCAUAUCGGAGCCCUGGCUUUCUUUUCGCCACCCACUCUCAUCCUCAUCCCCGGAUACGUUACACCUCUGGAGCUCAUGGCAUUUUGUGAGAACUGGUCUAAUCACUGCACAAGAAGCAGUCACGUACAUUGAUUUGUUUUUUCAGAACAUGAAUAGUCUAUCCCCAAUCCUUCACUGUUUCUAUAGCAAUCACAUGAAGCACGGUGAUCUCAUCUCCCGAGAACCUGUUCUUUGCUGUGCCAUAAUUGCGCUUUCGGCACGGUAUCAUAUAUUGGAUGUACAUGGGGCCGUCACACGGGGCUUUUACAUCCAUGACCGCUUAUGGGAACACUGCCAAACAUUGUUUCAACGCUUGGUUUGGAACCAGCGGCGAGCGAUUAAGGACCAGAUGGCUCACCUCGGUACAAUUGAGAGCCUUUUGUUGGCUGCGGAAUGGCACCCACGCUGUGUCCAUCUUCCUAUCGAGACCGAAUAUUGGCAGCCAGAGAUGGUUCUCUCUGAUGACGAGCAGACGGCAUGCCGCAGCAAAGUGCCAAACAAAUGGCUUCGGGAGGUCGAGGAAGCCGCGCAUAGAUCAGAUCGCAUGUCUUGGAUGCUCCUUGGAAAUGCUUUAUCUCUAAGUCACGAAUUAGACAUCUUUUCUGAUCAAGAUGAUGCCCUAGCAGGUGCGCUUGAGUCAGCAUCUGAACUGUCAUUCACAAAUUUUCUUCAUCUCCGGCGCCACCGAGUGGGUAAACUUUUAUUCGUAUAUAUAAACCAGCUUGCUUCACGAAUUGGUUGUGCCUUACCAAGAACGCCGUUUCACGAUAGUGUGUUGCGCUCAUUCCAAAACCCCGAAUCCAAGUUGGACCAUGAAUGGCACGAGUGCAUGACUUCAUGGACAGAACUCAGCCGGCUAAUAAGGACAUCGUCCGACUUUCUCUUUCCCUCGAAGAAAGUGACGCAGGAGCUCUUACGAAGCGGCCGGUAUGCAGCCUUUCUGGGGCAUUUUAGCCCACUCCUUUCCCAGUGGUUGGACAAGUUCAAGAGGCAUGCAACCAAGGCCACUUGCUGGCAGCUUAUACUGGUUGAUUACCAUUUUGUUCGUGUCUACAUUAACUCCCUGGCAUUGCAAGCCGUUGCGGGAAGAAUGUGGAAAGAUGACGGGCGAGUGAGUCGUUCACAGGUUAAGGAUAGCCAGGAUUGCGACUUUGUUCGUGAAGUCAUCGAUGCAAGCAGUACAGUCCUGGAGAUGGUGAUCGAACUGUCUCGAGAUGGCAAGUUAAAAUACCUGCCUGUCCGCAUAUUCAUUAGGGUCGCUUCUGCCUCGAUGUAUUUGAUAAACGCUUUAGCGCUGGGUGUACGCGGUAACGAGUUGGACCGGUUGUUAGGUCUGUUAGAUCGUACAGUUGAAGCGCUAUGCCUGAGCGCCGUCGAUGAUGUGCAUCUCGGCUUUCGAUAUGCCGUAUUAUUGAAAGAAAACACAAGGGGCCUCCGGGAACGGUUCAUCCGGGUUCAUCCCCCGCCUGUGGAGGCGUCAUUUACCUUCAAUGAUGCAGAUGCAUUUCUUCCAAACCUCGCGCCGCCAAAUGAAAUUGAGGUUGCACAACUUAGUGUUCAAACAGAUAUACCAGACCAUGGAGCCGAUAUAGGGCCGAAUUUUCUAAUGUAUACUCCAGAAUCAGGACAAGAAAUGCUCAGCGAGACCUCUAUACCCAGUUACCUCCCAGCGGCAGGUGACUAUUCCCAGGAUGAGUGGUUUGCGUUGCCAUUCACUUCUGAAGCUGAGCUUGGAAAGCCUUUCAUGUCAUACUUUUUUGGCAUUGAUCCUGGAGACGAAAGGUACUUUUGGGACGUUGCCUAA